GUUUUUGUAUUAUUAGACAUGCCUUAUUGUGUGUAUAAUUGUAGAAUGGCUACGACAAAAAGAAAUCGAGCUACGAUGGAGCAGCUAAUUCGAAUGAUGGAUUUUUUUUUUGGAGAAACGCCGGGUUUGGCAGGGUCUCGGUUCCAGAAGCUCCAUGGAAAAUGAGACUGCGAUAGGAAGUGGAUAGUACGCUGAAUUGCCUUGGUGGUGCUGUGAAAUGCGUCGAACCAUGGCGCAUGGUAUGGAGAGAUCUGAAAAGCCGUACAAGCAUCAAGGACCGAGAGCGGAGAAGAAAGCGGGCAAUGACAGGAAACAAUCCCAGGGCCACGAAAACGUUCCUGAAACUGUGCCUAUAGAGGAGGAGCUGCAACUUCGAUUAGAGGAGGGUGAGGAGAGCAUAAUUAUCGAGAUGUCUUCACUUUCAAAUGGGUUCGAUUUGGAAAUGCAUGCAUCGACUCCUGCGACUCAAGCCUUAAAAACUCCACGUAGAGGCAGUAAGAGAAGACGAGUGGAAGAUGUGAGCGAUACGCGAAACGCAUUUUUUGAAAUUGCGCAAACACAAGCGAAUGCUUUAAAAAUGUUAGCAGAGUCGAGUGCGGCAUUCACCCAUAUUGCAAGCAGGCAAGCUAAUGCCUUGCAGUUGUUAGCUGAAAGCAAAGCGGCGACCACGCUGGCAUUGGCAGAUGCUAUGGCCACAAUGGGUGAAGGAUUGCAAGCUUGUGUAGCUGCCUUCAACAAUUUAGCCGACGCAAUUAGCCGAAGUAAUGCUGUUAUGAACAUGGGAGAUUCUCCUUUAAGAAACUUGAAUGUGAUGAUAUGUGGUAUUUAAACCCAUAUAAAAAUACUUAACUGUGAUUGUAUACUGAGAUCUGUAAUGAAUUAUGCAUUUAAAUUAAGUUGUAUGUUUUAUGAA